AUGGAUGCAGUGAAGACGAGUACCUUAUCGAAAAGGUGGAGGCACUUGUGGGCCUUGGUUCCUGACCUUCAGUUCAGCUGUUCUGACUUCCCUAAGAGGUCGGUCUUCAUGGAGUUUGUGAGACGAGCUUGUGCUCUUCGUGAUGGAUCUUUUAUUAGAGCAUUCUCGCUCUCAUGUGAUGACGUGAUCGGUUCGGUAUCCUACAUCAAGAAGUUAAUUACUUCUUUUGUAGCAACUUGUGGCGUAGGGGAUCUCCGUCUGUUCCUUGGUAAUCUUGGGCGUGCUUAUAAGUUACCUUCCUCCAUAUUCACGUGUGGAGCCUUGGAAACGCUUCAUGUGCAAUCCCAUUGCACCGUUAGACUCCCAUCAUCGCUUCGUCUUUCCAGCCUUAAGGUCUUGGAUCUUAAGGGGGUCACAUUUGAGGACAAUGCCCUGAUGGAGAAGUUAUUUUCCUCUCCAUCACUUGAAAAGUUGGGGAUAUGGGAUUGCAAGUGGAGGGAAUGCAAAAGCGGAGGCACGGCACAGCUAGUUGAGGCCAAGCUAAUGAUUUUUCCAUGUCGUAGAAGAGAUGGCAUUGUUAUGGCCCGUAAUUCUAAGCUCCUGUCGCUCGUCUCUAACGUGAAGGAGUUAACUCUAUUUAACACACUUCUCAAAGACGUUGCCAAAAGGAAUGAUGUGCAGCCCCCAUUCAGAAAUUUGAUCAAGUUAACAUUGGUCGGUGAAAUAGAUUCUGUAGCUGUUAAGGGCCUUUUUGUGAUACUUAGGAGAUCGCCUCGACUUCAAAGUCUCCACUGUGAAGAGGAGCUCAGGUACCAUCGGGUGAAUGGAGUCCAUGGAUUGCUAAACCCCCUGCCUUCGUGUUUCCUGACAGAGCUCAAAGAGAUCUCAGUAUUUGUCGGCUGUAGGAAUUGUCCGAAGAAACAACUUUUUAUGGCACUGAUCUUCCUUGAGAGAGCAGUGGCUUUGGAAAAAUUGAAUGUCCAACUUAAAGUGUGA